AUGAUGUGUCCCAACAAUAAACUAGAUUCUUGGAAGUUACCCUUCUUUUCUUCUUUCUUUAAUAUUCAUUUUUUUCACGAUAAUAGUUACCCUUCUUUUCUUCUUUCUUUAAUAUUCAUUUUUUUCACGUUACCCUUCUUUUCUUCUUUCUUUAAUAUUCAUUUUUUUCAUGGUAAUAGUUACCCUUCUUUUCCUCUUUCUUUAAUAUUCAUUUUUUUCACGGUAAUAGUUACCCUUCUUCUUUCUUUAAUAUUCAUUUUUUUCACAUUACCCUUCUUUUCCCCUUUCUUUAAUAUUCAUUUUUUUCACGGUAAUAGUUACCCUUCUUUUCUUUCUUUCUUUAAUAUUCAUUUUUUUCAUGGUAAUAAUUACCCUUCUUUUCUUCUUUCUUUAAUAUUCAUUUUUUUUCAUGGUAAUAGUUACCCUUCUUUUCCUCUUUCUUUAAUAUUCAUUUUUUUCAUGCUAAUAUUACCCUUCUUUUCUUCUUUCUUUAAUAUUCAUUUUUUUCAUGGUAAUAGUUACCCUUCUUUUCCUCUUUCUUUAAUAUUCAUUUUUUUCACGGUAAUAGUUACCCUUCUUUUCUUUCUUUCUUUAAUAUUCAUUUUUUCAUGUUACCCUUCUUUUCUUCUUUCUUUAAUAUUCAUUUUUUUCUGGAUAACAGUUUUCCUUCUUUUCUGUCAUCCCUAA